GUCUCGACUCGCAGCGCCCGACGGGAGACGAAAAGGGGGCCGCCAUGUUGGACAAAACCAUCUCCUGCCACACACAGGGUGGUCAAUGCUCCCAUGAGUUUACUGAUGGCUAGAAACAACCUUGACGAAUGGGGUUAAGCACUUUCUUGUCACAAAAAUGUCAGUUCGGUGAUUUUUGGACGCGGUCCUGCGGAUGUAAGCCCUCUUAGUCUCAUCGUGAGGGCCCAUGGCGUAGGUGCACCCCCCGCCCUGCGGCCUUGGUGUGGCCUCCCGGUCGCACGCACAUGGCUGGGCUGUAGCCGGCGCGGCGCGCGGUGCGGCCUGGGAGAGUCGGAAGCGCGGCGGCUGCGGACUCUGUGGGGAGGUAGCGUUGGGCCCAUGCAGGACGCAGAGAACGUGGUGGUGCCUGAGGCGGCCCAGGAGCGCGCCGAGCCCGGCCAGCAGCAGCCGGCCGCCGAGCCGCCGCCAGACGUGGGGUUGCUGCGGCCCGCGGGGCCUGGCGCUCCGGAGGCGGCGGAGACCGAGGCUGUUAGUGAGGAGGUGGCGGCCGCGGAGACCGGACCGGAGCCCGAGGUGAGGACGGAGGCGGAGGCGGCCUCCGGCCCAUCCGAGUCGCCUUCGCCGUCGGCCGCCGAGGAGCCGCCGGGGUCGCAUGCCGAGCCCCGAGCCCCAGCACAGGAAGAGGCCCGAGGGAUACAGGCCCGGGACGAGCGCGCCGACAGCCGGGCCCAGGCGGCGUCUGAGGACGCUGGAGGAAACGAGGGCAGCGCGGCCGAGGCCGAGCCCCGGGCGCUGGAGAAUGGCGACGCGGACGAGCCCUCUUUCAGCGACCCCGAGGAUUUCGUGGACGACGUGAGCGAGGAAGAAUUACUGGGAGAUGUACUCAAAGAUCGACCCCAGGAAGCAGAUGGAAUUGAUUCGGUGAUUGUAGUGGACAAUGUCCCUCAAGUGGGACCUGACCGACUUGAGAAACUCAAAAAUGUCAUCCACAAGAUCUUUUCCAAGUUUGGGAAAAUCACAAAUGAUUUUUAUCCUGAAGAGGAUGGAAAGACAAAAGGGUAUAUUUUCCUGGAGUACGCAUCCCCUGCCCAUGCUGUGGAUGCCGUGAAGAACGCCGACGGCUACAAGCUGGACAAGCAGCACACGUUCCGGGUCAACCUUUUCACGGAUUUUGACAAGUAUAUGACCAUCAGUGAUGAGUGGGAUAUUCCAGAGAAGCAGCCUUUCAAAGACCUGGGGAAUUUACGUUACUGGCUUGAAGAGGCAGAAUGCAGAGAUCAGUAUAGUGUGAUUUUUGAGAGUGGAGACCGCACCUCCAUAUUCUGGAAUGACGUGAAAGACCCUGUCUCAAUUGAAGAAAGAGCGAGAUGGACAGAGACAUAUGUGCGUUGGUCUCCUAAGGGCACCUACCUGGCUACCUUUCAUCAAAGAGGCAUUGCUUUAUGGGGGGGAGAGAAAUUCAAGCAGAUUCAGAGAUUCAGCCACCAAGGGGUUCAGCUCAUUGAUUUCUCACCUUGUGAAAGGUACCUGGUGACCUUUAGCCCCCUGAUGGACACGCAGGAUGACCCUCAGGCCAUAAUCAUCUGGGACAUCCUUACGGGGCACAAGAAGAGAGGUUUUCACUGUGAGAGCUCAGCCCAUUGGCCUAUUUUUAAGUGGAGCCAUGAUGGUAAAUUCUUUGCCAGAAUGACCCUGGAUACACUUAGCAUCUAUGAAACUCCUUCUAUGGGUCUUCUAGACAAGAAGAGUUUGAAGAUCUCUGGGAUAAAAGACUUUUCUUGGUCUCCUGGUGGUAACAUAAUAGCCUUCUGGGUGCCUGAAGACAAAGAUAUUCCAGCCAGGGUAACCCUGAUGCAGCUGCCUACCAGGCAAGAGAUCCGAGUGAGGAACCUGUUCAACGUGGUGGAUUGCAAGCUGCAUUGGCAGAAGAAUGGAGACUACUUGUGUGUGAAAGUAGACAGGACUCCAAAAGGCACCCAGGGUGUUGUCACAAAUUUUGAAAUUUUCCGAAUGAGGGAAAAACAGGUACCUGUGGAUGUGGUCGAAAUGAAAGAAACCAUCAUAGCCUUUGCCUGGGAACCUAAUGGAAGUAAAUUUGCUGUGUUGCAUGGAGAGGCUCCGCGGAUAUCUGUAUCUUUCUACCAUGUCAAAAACAACGGGAAGAUUGAACUCAUCAAGAUGUUCGACAAGCAGCAAGCAAACACCAUCUUCUGGAGCCCCCAAGGACAGUUUGUGGUAUUGGCGGGCCUGAGGAGUAUGAAUGGUGCCUUAGCGUUUGUGGACACUUCGGACUGCACGGUCAUGAACAUCGCAGAGCACUACAUGGCCUCUGAUGUUGAGUGGGAUCCUACCGGGCGCUAUGUCGUCACCUCUGUGUCCUGGUGGAGCCAUAAGGUGGACAAUGCGUACUGGCUGUGGACUUUCCAGGGACGCCUCCUGCAGAAGAACAACAAGGACCGCUUCUGCCAGCUGCUGUGGCGGCCCCGGCCUCCAACACUCCUGAGCCAGGAGCAGAUCAAGCAAAUUAAAAAGGAUCUGAAGAAAUACUCUAAGAUCUUUGAACAGAAGGAUCGCUUGAGCCAGUCCAAAGCCUCAAAGGAAUUGGUGGAGAGAAGGCGCACCAUGAUGGAAGACUUCCGGAAGUACCGAAAGAUGGCCCAGGAGCUCUAUAUGGAGCAGAAAAACGAGCGCCUGGAGCUGCGAGGAGGUGUGGACACUGACGAGCUGGACAGCAACGUGGACGACUGGGAAGAGGAGACCAUAGAAUUCUUUGUCACUGAAGAAAUCAUCCCCCUCGGGAAUCAGGAGUGACCGGGGAGCUCUGUGAUAGCGACCUUGAACCUGUUGCCUGCCUCCCUCAGUGGCGGGUGCCUGCUUGCCAAGCCAGCCGUCCCAUCUGGUCGUCGGGCACACUCGGCCGCCCUGCGUCCAGCAGUUUUCUGGUCAGUCACGCCACAGUCUCUUCCGUUCCGCUCCGCUGUUUUCUGUGAAAGGUGCUGGUCAUUUUCCCUGGUGAGAACCCUGUGGCCUUUCCUUGGCGUUAGACACGUUGGGAAACGUGUGUUGAGAAUGGUCAGUUCUGCCCACUUAUACACGGUCCUCUUGUACUGAGCGGGUUUCCUGUUGGGAAGGAGCACACAGAAGGGGGGAGUUUCAACCCCUUCUGUUUGCAGGGUCUCACUUCCCAUUGGCACCCGUGACCCAGCAUUUUCAUCCACCGCUUUUCAACUUGUGGAACCUGAGGCAGCAUUCAGAACUCACAGCCAAGGGACCAUUACAAAGCUAAGGCGAUGGGGCUGUAGUUCACAGGGCGGAGUACCCAGGCGCCUGCCACCCUGGAGGAGCAGCCCGGAGCCUCGGGUCCCGCUGGGUUUCCUGGGUGUGAGGAGAGUGCCUUGGUGCAUUUUAUUUUUUAUGAGCGUUACGUUUCUCUUAUCUGCGUUUUUAAAAUUCUGGAGUUGUUGCGAUCCCGCCGUUUAUCCUGUGCCCCUUCAGUGCACAUUUUAUUAGUAAUUCCUGUUUACGUUCAUGCUCUUUAAACCCAUGCGUUUAAACUCUAGUGUGCCAAGAAACAGUUUUUCUGAUUUCAUGGAAAGAAAGGCACACAGUUCUACCAUAUGACAAAUUUUUAACAGAUCUUCUAAUAAGUUUUCACUGUUUUAAAUGCACUAGUUGUGAUUGUUUCAUGUAAUUCGUAAAUAAAGAAUU